GUCUUUCUGCUGUUGAGAUUGAUGGUUACUGGAGGGUUAUUGAUGAGAAUUACCUAGACGUGAUUCUGAGAAUGCUGCUUCAUAACUGUGUUCUGAAUUACUGGUCUUUUGAUGAUCUCGAUGAAGAUGAAGUUGUGAGUGCGUUAGUAGCUGAUGAGUUUCCUAGUAAGCUCGCGAGUCACUGCUUGCGCGUGUUUGCCUCUAGAGUUAAUAGUAGUGGAACUGGUAAGUGGAAGUUGGAACCGAGGCUUGUGUGUUUGCAUUUUGCUAGGCUGGUACUGAGAGAUGAAAAGAUGAGACUAGAGAGUUUCAUGGAAGAGUGGAAGAAGAAGAUUCCGGAUGGGAUGGAAGGAAGGUUCGAGAUGCUUGAAGGAGAGGUUUUAACAGAGACAAUAGGGAUCGAGACACGGGUUUACACAUUCAGCGUACGCUCUCUGCCUUCAACUCCAGCAGAGAGAUUUUCUAUACUCUUUAAACAUAGGUCAAAAUGGGAAUGGAAAGACUUGGAGCCUUACUUGAGGGAUCUUCAUGUUCCUAGGCUUUCUAUGGAAGGUUUGCUUUUGAAAUACACACGCAGAGCUCAGCCUAAAGCUGAU